AUGAAGCUUCUUGCGGGGCUUCUCGCCGCUAAAAGUGCUUUUGCAGAGGAAUGUUCGGCUAUGUGUGGUGGAGGUUUUUAUCAGGAAGGCGAACUGAAAAUCCUCUGCAACGGAGAGCCAUGUUCAAUCUACGAAACUCAAACAAUCGUUGCCAACAACCACUUUGACGACCUCAUUUCCUGGACAGCCAAUGGCGGCAUUACUCUCGCCACAGUUUCUCCUGGCUAUUUCUCGGAUAAUGCGAUGCAUAUUUCGGGCAGAAAUGCGAAUUGGAAGAACCCGCAGCAAACUAUCGACAAGUCCUUGUUGACGAACAGAAAUUACUCCGGCAAGUUUUUCAUCAAACUAGACUCAGAUGUAGACACAACUGUGCAAAUGAUGGCCAAAAUCACCGUCAACGGGAGUCCUAGUUACUUUCAGCUCGGAAGUGUGAGCGUCUCGACCGCUGGAAUCUGGUAUCCAGUUCCCUUCACGCUUCUCGUCCCCCAAACAACUCUUGAUACCGCUGAAAGUAUUGUGCUGUACCCGCAAGUUUCUGAUGCAAUGGUUUCAUACACGAUUGAUGAGAUGUUUAUCGUUGAAUCUGAUGAUCUUGUUUCAUACACGUCUUUGGUUACUGAUGGUGACUUUUCGACUGGACUUGGAACACUUAAAUAUGUUCAAGACGAUUCUGGAAACUCCUACGCUCGUGUAAGCGAUCGAUCAGCUGAUUACUUUGGUUUGGAGCACGAAAUCGCUGUCAACGAGCAAACAAAAAACAACGACAUUGAGGUCUCCUACAAAAUGCGCACUGAUGGGCAAUACCACAGUGCGGGUAAACUUGUUGUCACCCAUAGCACUGGCAAAUCAUACAUCGGAUGUGUCGCAUCAUGCCACCUUGCUAAUGACGAUUGGCUGACUGUUGGCGGCAGAUGUAACAUCGCAACAGACAACGAGGAUAAUAUCGAUUUGAGUACAGUGACUUCAAUCAAAUUUGCCAUCAGUGGAACUGGCUCCGAUUCUGGCUUUGUCCUGCCGAACCUGUUUAUCGACGAUGUUACAGUUAGGCUCUACGAAAGAGAUCUUUCCUGGGUCCCUGCCGCUGAUCAACGAAUUGAUUUCUUUCGAAAAGUUGGAGUCGAUUUCGAUGUUCAAACUCCUGGAGCAGCAAAAAUUGAAGUGAAAAUGACCAAGAAUCAUUUUCCUUUCGGAGCAACUUUCCAUCAGCAAAUGCCCGACGAAAUGUCUGACUACAAAAGUUGGUUUGAUAUCUUCAAUUUUGGCGUAGCGAGAAAUGCAUACAAGUGGAAGCAGCAAGAGAAAAGUCCCGGAGUUUAUGAUUGGUCGAAAUCGGACGCUAUCAAUGACAUUUUCUUUGAACAGCAAGUUCCUCUUCGAGGACAUACACUUUUCUGGUCUGUGGAUAAAAAUGUUCAGCAAUGGCUUCAUGAUGUUGCGGAAUCAGGAAACAUGACUGCUCUUCACGAUUAUACAAUGAAACGAGUCGACGAUAUUGUGUUCCGAUACCUCGGCAAUAUCACCGACUGGGACUUGUUCAAUGAAGUUCACCAUGGAGACUUUUUCCGAAGACACCUCGGCAUUGAAAUCUGGACCGAGGUUCUCGAUCGUUUGGAUGCCAUCGCUCCCAAUACCGGCCAGGUUAUGAAUGAUUAUGAGCUGACAAGAGCUGACCAUGGAUCUUGUUUCUUGGACUUGAUAAAUCCGAUAGUGGGAAGACUUGAUGCUGUUGGCCUUCAAAGUCAUUUUAAGAAGAUUCCGAAUAAACAAGUCUGGAAUCGUUUGAAUGUAAUGGCCGGAAAGAACCUUGAGAACCGCCUUCUUGUCACCGAGCUCGAUGUUGACAAUGCUGAUGUAGAAGUUCGCGCUACCGACAUUGGUGACGUCAUCAAAGUGAUGUACUCACAUCCAAACGUCGACGGCAUCAUCCUCUGGGGCUGGUUGCAAGAGAUAGUCCGUCCGUGGCAGGAGGAAGCAGAAAACAAACGAAAGGUGCUCUUUGAAGACAAUCUUGGCCAUCUUGACUGGGCAAGCCCGAUCAUUCCCAAACCAGAAGUUUGUGACGAAUACAACGUUCUCUGCAACUACCCAUUGAAUGCUAACGCCGCAGGUCUCCGCUACCUAGAACUGGUCAAGCAAGAGUUCAAUACGACCUCAGGACAUGCAAACGUUGAUGAUUUAGAUUUGGCAAGAUUAGACGAAGAAGUCAAGCUCUUCCCGGGAGAAUAUGAAAUCAAGGUUCUUGAUGGGGACGGAAAUAUCAUUGAAGAGCAUGAUAUUGAUAUUCCAUUGCCAAAAGAUGCAUGUUCAUCUCUCCAGGUCUUCGAAUUCGAAGAUUCAUCGGCUCUAGAAUCCAACUCGCUCUUUGAAUACGCUGGCUCAUUCUCCACUAAGCUCGACUCAGAUGGAUUCGUCAAGAAUGGCCUCUCUUUUACCUAUCGAACCGCAGCCUGGAACACUGUCAAGUUCAAUUUGGCGGACAUUCCUGAUGAAACAGAGACAGUUGCAUCUUUUUGGGCAAGAAUUAAUGGGGCUGAAGAGACUUCAGCUGUUCUUACUAAGGAAUCUGAUUCUGGGUGGAAUCCCUUGGCGACAUUUGAUGUCACUUCUGAUAAGACACGUUACAAAAUCAAUCAAAAAAAUCUCUCGACCUGGGUGCAGAUUAGUGCAACCUUUACGAAACAAGCUGGCGACAAUUUUGUUUACCUCGAAACACCGGGUUCUACUGUGGAUUUCUCCAUCGAUCACGUUUACGUUGGUUCCGCGAAUGAUUUCAAUGCUUGCAAAAAGCUGCAGGUUAAGAUUGGAGAAGGUAAGCAAAAGUGA